UGGGUCCUGAAAACCCUUGGCUAUGACAUCAUAUUUCUGGGAUCAAAAGUUUAUGUCCCAGAGUAUGAUGCAUAUGCAGAUGAAAUUAAUCAUCUUCUGCUACAAGUGGUGCUUGGCGACAAAUCCUACAUUGUGGAUGGUGGGUUUGGGAGGGACUGCCAGAUGUGGGAGCCAAUGGAGCUGAUUUCAGGGACAGACCAGCCACAGACUCCCGGGGUCUUUCGCUUCUUGGAGGACAGCGGGGUCUGGUACUUCGAGAAGGUGAGAAGAAAGGAGUGGGUUCCCAAUCCAAGCGUUGCCACUUGCAGUGACAUGGAAAGACAAAUUUGCCGUCGGAUUUAUGUCUUUACCCUUCAGCCACGAGACAUUGAAGAGUUCAGAGUCUGCAAUGCCCAGCUGCAGACAGCGCCGGACUCUGUGUUUGUGCUAAAGUCUAUCUGCAGCCUGCAGACCACCGACGGUGUCUGGUCUCUAGUGGGGUGGAAACUCUCUGAGAUAAAGUACAACUAUAAGGACAAUAUGGAUCUGGUGGAAACCACAAUCAUUGCAGAUGAAGAAAUGGAGAAAACAUUAAAAGAGAAAUUCAAUAUUACACUAGACAAGAAAUUUGUACCCAUCAAUAAAAACAGGUUACCUCUGUCUUAA